CUCAGUUUUCACUUACAUCAUCAGAACGAAUGUCAUCUCAAAUAACGAAAAAGCCAUCUUUAAAGCUCUAAUUAAACAAGAAGACAUUGGAUACUUUGGCAAAGGAGAAAACCAACAUUCCUCCUAGUUCCAAAUGCUCUCAAAAGACAGUCUCCUCUAUUAAUGUAAAAUAAUAACCUCAAUAAUCUAUUUAGACUACUAGCUGCACAUCUUCAUCUUCCAAAUAAAACUAUCCAUGUAAAGAAUCAAAGUCAAAUCCCUCCAAAAAUUCCGAUUAACAUUCAUAAUUAAUUCAAUAUUUGCUCCAAGAAAAUAUAGAAUUACAAAAACAGAACUAAGACAAGGAUCAAUUGAUAAAUUUCUUGAGUACAAAACAAUCCCCCAAGAGAAGAUCAAUUUUAAAUACAGAAAGGAGCACUGAAAUCAAAUCUUAAAAACUUCCUUAAAUUUCAUAGCCUAAAAAUUCACUAGAGAUUGAUAAGUAAUUAUUUCUUUAAAUUCAAUACUAGUUUAAACGAUGGAGUCUAAGCACCAUUUUGUUUUACAUUUUGUCAAUAAGAUACUCAGAGUUAAUAAAGUGUCAGAAAUAAAAAAUUGCCCAAAGAAUUUUAAAUUGUACCAAACAAAAAAAGAUAUUUUGUAUGA